AAGUUGAUAGCUUAUGGGAUUGGUUAGCAAAUGAUCAACAAUGUAGUGAUUGUUUAUUUUCAUGGAUGCAGUCACAGUGUCAAGGUGGAGAACAGCACGCACUAGGUGUUGCUGCUUUGAGGCAUUUAUAUUUGAUAAAACUGCCAACUCUACAACCUGAGGAUGUUAGCAUGGUUGCUUUAGGGUUGUUUCAACAAUUAUGCAGUCUUGCACGAUUUGCAGCUGUACAUAUGGACUCAGAAUCAUCAACAAAUCUUCCAAAACAGUCCACUACAUCAGGAUCGGAUGGAGAAAUAGCCUGCACUUCCCAUUUGUGGAAAAUUGCAUUAAGAGCAAGAAGCACUGAUGUUUCUGCUGCAGCCAUGCAGUAUCUAAAUGGAUAUUAUAUGGCUCGAAGACUACGUUUGGAAAGAGAAUUCGUAUCACAAUGUAUGUCUCAUCUAUCACAAGCCGAGAAAGAAUUGGUGCAGCAACAAUCUUCAGAUAACAAUUUAACUGUUGGAAGUGAAAAUGCUUUAUUAUGUAUUCAGAGGGCUCUAUUGUUAUUAAAUACACAUUUAGAAACGUUUAGACGCAGAUAUGCUUAUCAUUUACGACGUUGGGCUUUGGAAGGUGAAGGCGUAUCUAGCCACGUACCAUGGUCAGAUCGGGGUUGCUCUGGUUCACCAAUUAAAAUCUUUUUGCAACCAGGUGGUCUUAAAGAUAAAUCAUCCCUGAAGAUGCUUAGUUCUGAUUAUGUAGCUGAUCUCAGAGCAGAAAUAGCUCAGUGGUGGGAGCAGCUUAGGGGUUCAUCUAGCCCACAUGCAUUGAGGAUUAUAACUCAAGGUCAAGAAAUAUGUACAGAACAUGAUGAAAGAACUCUGCAAGAUGUGGGAUUCAAAGAUAAUCAAAUGGUUUAUGUUUCUGUUGGAGCUGGUGCGAGAGCAAAUUCUAACAGAGAAUCUCAAGAGUGCACUAGUUUGCAACCUCCUCCGCCUAAGGAUUCUCUUCCUACUCUUCUGCUACUUCAGCCAAGUUAUCUGGAGCAAUUGUUUAGAUUAAUGAAAACUCUUGGAGAAAUGAAAUCCAUUGGAAGAAAUGGGAGAACUAUUCCUCACAUCAAGGCACAAUUAUUAUCUCGCAGAGUAUGGGAUAUAUUAACACUGCUCCCGACUUCCCCUGAGUUGCAAAGAGGCUUUGAAGAAAUUGGAGCAGAAAAUCUUGAUCAAUUAGACUGUGAUGUUAACACAAAAUUGCAAACAUUAUUAGACCCUACAAAUCCUCAAAGAUUGAUGUACUCUUUGUAUGUUGUAGAAGGGUUGUGCAGAACAGCUGAAGAACAACUUGUUAAAGGCAACAGAAAGGAACUAAAAUUAAAUAGAGAAAAGCAUUGCAUAGAAAGUGAAGAUUGUAUGGAUGAGGAUGGUGAUAAAAAUGGAGCAAUUUCGCCUACAGAAGAGUUGUCAACAUCAUCAGCUUCAUGGCAGACUCAAUUUUGUAAUCGCGGAGGCUUGCGACACUUGUUUGGUAUUUUUUCAUCAGGUUUGUUACAACCUGGAGAAAAUGGAAAUGAUGGUGAAUGGACGCAAGAUUGUUUGACAACUUUACUCAAACUACUAUGUGCUCUGGGAUUGGAAGGUGGAACCGACAGUAGCAAUUCAUCUGAUGCAGAAAAUAUGCUGAGUGUACCACUGUUAAAACCGGAAAUGCUCUCUAUGAUGACUAUAGAAAGCACCAUGCCUCGGUUAACUAGUAUAUUAGCUGAAGCAGCCUUUCCUCGAGAUCCAUUGCUUUAUAAGACUGGAUUUUGGGGCCGUGGACAAGUAGUACAUUAUGCAAUGACUCUAUUAGUGUCCUGGGUUCAUAGUUCUAAUGAGGUUCGAGCUGCAUUAUGGGAACAACCAGAACCUGGUCCUUGUACAUGGUUGCAAAAGCUGGUUUUAGACGAUCCUGAACCAAGAGUCAGGCGUGAAGCAUGUGCUGCCUUAUAUAGAAUUUGUUUAAGAAUGGGUCAACUCUGUCCCGAUAUGACUGGACCUAUGUUAGAACAGUUGGUUGCAUCUUUGCCGAGAGCAGAAGGAAUGAGACCUGAUAAGGAGUUACUACUAAAUUCUACUGGAGAGGAAGGUAAAGAACCAUACGGCCCGGCGUGCAGAGAUUACUUUUGGUUACUGUGUAGAUUAGUCGAUAGUUUGCCAGUUGGAGAAUCUAAAGAUGGCGAUGCAGAAAUAAUGUUAGACGUUUCUAGUGAUUUGCAACAGUUAGCACAGCAUUUAUCUUCUCUGAUACAAUCUCGGCCGAUACUAGAACCCCGUUAUGGAGGUAUUCAGGAUGACGGUCUCAUUGGGUUGUUAAAUCUGGCAGCAGCCGUUAUGAGGCACGAUCCACCUUUCAAGACUGGGCCAUCAGGUGCAGCCCUAGUUACUGCAGCUUUUGAUUGUUUAUUUGCACUGCCGACACCUAGAGAUAGGUUAUUACCAAAAUGUAAAUCACAAGCAUCAAGAGCUGCGGCAUAUGAUCUUCUUGUAGAAUUAGUUAAAGGAGCUUCUUUCAAUUAUGCACUUCUUCAUGGUCGUCUACUGGCACAACAUCGACCGGGUCCUGGUUCAUCAUUUCCCUGGGAUUAUUGGCCUAGAGAGGAAGGUCGGGCAGAGGCCGGUUAUGUGGGAUUAACAAAUUUGGGAGCCACUUGUUACAUGGCUAGUUGUGUUCAGCAUUUGUAUAUGAUGCCUCAAGCCAGGGCAGCGAUUCUUGCUGCAACUGACAGACCCUUAAAACAUGCUCCAGCUUUGGCUGAAUUGAGAAGAAUGUUUGCUUAUUUAUUGGAAAGUGAACGUAAAGCAUAUAAUCCUCGAAGUUUUUGUAGAGUCUAUCAAAUGGACCACCAACCAUUGAACACUGGUGAACAAAAGGAUAUGGCAGAAUUUUUUAUUGAUCUAGUAUCAAAAAUGGAAGAAAUGACACCUGAACUCAAAAAGCUAGUCAAAAGAUUAUUUUGUGGGGUCUUGAGCAAUAAUGUUGUUUCAUUGGAUUGUGAGCAUGUUUCUAGAACACUAGAGGAGUUUUAUACAGUUCGAUGCCAAGUGGCUGAUAUGAGGAAUCUUCAUGAGAGUUUAGCAGAAGUUACAGUAAAAGAUACAUUAGACGGCGAUAAUAUGUAUACUUGCUCACAAUGUGGAAGAAAAGUUAGGGCUGAAAAACGGGCGUGUUUCAAGAAAUUACCUCACAUUUUAUGUUUUAACACAAUGCGAUACACAUUCAAUAUGUUGACGAUGCUUAAAGAAAAAGUGAAUACACAUUUUUCAUUUCCAUUACGACUGGACAUGUCUGGAUAUGUUGAAAAAGAACUGAUGCCACAGCAUUAUCAAGAAGAGAAAAAGAAGUCUGAAUUAAAUAAGUCUGAACCAAAGAAAAAUGAUUCUUCUGAAAAAAUUUCAGAUGAUGACCCAUGUGAUACUGAAGAUUUUAAUGAGCAUUAUGAGUACGACCUGGUUGGUGUGACGGUACAUACGGGAACUGCAGAUGGAGGACAUUAUUAUAGCUUUAUCAGAGAAAGGGGUGAUGCCAAUACGGUUACAGGGACCAAUAAUAAAAAUGAAUCUUCAUCGAGAUGGCUGCUUUUUAAUGACGCCGAAGUGAAAAUCUUUGAUCCUAGUCAGAUUGCUGCUGAGUGCUUUGGAGGGGAAAUGACGAGUAAAACUUAUGAUUCUGUGACUGAUAAAUAUUUGGAUUUUAGUUUUGAGAAAACAAAUAGUGCAUAUAUGUUGUUUUAUGAAUGGAGAUCUCAGGAUGGUAGUCAGAGUCAACGAGGUGAAGCUUCAGAAACCUCCACAACAUCCGAAGCUUCAACAUCUGAAACAACAAGUGAACAGUGUCAUGCACCGAUGCAACAAGUUAGAGAAGCUAUUACAUUAGAUUUAUCACCUGAGCUCGAAGAGUGGAUUUGGCAAGAUAAUCAACAUUUUUUGCAAGACAGAAAUAUUUUUGAGCAUACUUAUUUCAAUUUUAUGUGGCAAAUUUGUGGCCAUGUUCCUCAGACGCUCAUCACUGAACAACCGGAUAUAACGUGUUUGGCUGCUCAACUUUCAACAUCAUUUUUUAUUGAAACAUUCAUUCAUGCAAAGGAAAAGCCAACUAUGGUACAAUGGGUUGAGCUACUUACAAAACAAUUUAAUGGCUCUGAACCAGCUUGUGAAUGGUUUUUGGAACAAAUGUGUUCUGAGCCCUGGUGGCCUCUACAAGUUCUCAUUCAAUGCCCAAAUCAAAUGGUUCGACAAAUGUUUCAAAGGCUAUGUAUACAUGUUAUCCAAAGAUUGAGACAAUCACAUUUUCAAUUAUAUCUAAAGGGUGAAGAAGAUGAAAAUGCUUUACCCGAAGAAAGUCUAGGUGGCAAAUCAUGUGUUACAAGAUUUAUUAGAUCACUCAUUUCAUUGAUGGAACAUGGAGCCAGGGCACAUUUGCGUCACCUUUCAGAAUAUUUUGGUUUAUUAUUAGAAUUUUCCCGAAUGGGAGAUGAGGAAUCUGCAUUUUUACUACGGAUAGGCGUCAUACAUUGUGUAGUCGAAUUUUAUCUCGGACAAAAAUCACAACAAGAAACUCAAGAGCAAUCCGGUGGUUCUGAUAGCGAGGAGCAGCCUGCGUCCACCACUCCUGUAGGCACUGUUGGCGCUUCAGUUGGGCCAGGUUCUUUAGGAUGCUCAUCCGUAGGGCUUUGCAAUGACAAACCACGCCCUGCUUCUUUAGAUAAAAUGGUUGCAUUAGUAGCAAGCUUGGUUGAAAAAUCACGGGGACCAGAUCAUAAUCUUCAGCUAAGCAAUAGAGACUUUAGCGCGAUAGCAGGUGGAAAGGGUUUUCCAUUUCUAUAUCAGCAAAUAAGGGAUGGAUUAAAUCCUCAGCAUACACGCUUAUUAGUGCAUGCAUUAUGUCGUUAUAAUGAAAGACUUGCAACACAAAUAGUUGCCAUGAUGUUUCAUUCCAUAACUAAACAUGCAGAGUUAUGUGCACCGUUUUUUAAACUGCUGACCCUUCUAACGGAUGCAUCUGCUGGUCCUUCGGGGCUCCCAUGUUUCAGCAAUUUGGCUCUGCAACGCGUGUGGGAUGCAGCAGAGUUUUGUCCUCAUAGUGCUUUAGAAUGGCUUGCGGUGCAGGCUCCAAGGAAUAAAAUGGCACAUGCUUGGGUUUUACAAAGUGCAGAUUGCUGGGUUGAGCAUUUUCUUAUAGCUCAUAAUAAUCAAAGGGUUAGAUCAGCUGCUGCGUAUUUGCUAGUUUCUCUAGUGCCACAUUUGCCCUUCAGGCAAGCGUACCAUGGAACUCGUAUAGCAUCCACAGCUGCAACUGUAGCCACAACUGUGGCUCAACAGCAAUUGCAACAACAAGCUAUUCGAGAAUUGCCACCAGAAGCUACAGCUGUGCAGAGGCAAGUGUUGGGUUUGCUUUUGCGGUUACUAAGACCAGCUAGACAUUAUGCUGAUGUACCCUCGCAUGGAACAUUAAAACUUACAUCUUAUUUUACACUGAUGACGUAUUUUGCUAGCGGCAGGACAGAAAAAUUGAUGGUUGGACCUCAUAUAAGGGCUCUAUGGGACUUGUUUCAUCCGAGAUUAUCAGAACCCAGUGUUGCAGCUCAUCAUAAUAAACAGGCAUUACUAGUGUUUUGGCACCACAUAACAGUUGACUGUCCAGAAAAUGCUCAAAUAGUUGUACAAAAUGUUGAUAUUACGAGAAACAUAGCAUUUAAUUAUAUUUUGGCUGAUCAUGAUGACCAUGAUGUUGUUAUGUUUAAUCGAUCCAUGCUGCCAGCUUAUUAUGGAUUAUUAAGAAUGUGUUGUGAGCAAAGUCGCAAAUUAACUAGACAGCUAGCUGCGCAUCAAAAUUUACAAUGGGCUUUUAAAAAUAUUACGCCGCAUCCGACACAGUAUACAGCAGCAGUGGAGGAGUUAUUCAAAUUGAUGGCUCUAUUUGGAGCACGUAGUCCUGAAGCAACUGAAGGGGAAUUACGCGAAGUGACCGCUUUCAGACGGGGUACGUUGGCAGCGUAUUUGGCGGGUUUGGACGCUAGAGGUAGCUGGGGCACUUUAAAUACGGCCCUGCGUACGCUAGCCGACACUGAUGAAGAAAAGCUGUAUGUGUUGCAGAGCGGCGGCCUCAGUUUGGUGCUAGAUGCUCUCCACAAUUUGCAUGUCAUGUAUCAUGAGGCAACAGCGUGUCAUGUUUCUGAAGAUUUGACAGAGCUUUUGACUGAAACUUUUGGGCUGAUAAAUUGUCUGAGAAGGCAUAAGGAGCAUCGAGAGUGCAGGGCAACACUCGUAACGUGCAAUAAGCCGUUGGUCGACCUAACAAGAAGAUUGGCUACGUUGCUAAAUACGUUCAAUCCGCCAGAAAUGCGACAAGUUUCUAUAGAAAUGUUAUGUGAGCUGAUGCAUCUAUUACCAGAUGAAACUCGUACAGUUUUACUUCAGUUGCUAUCACAUUCUCACAACUCAUUCCACACAAAUGGUGCUUCAUCAUCUUCUUGUAAUGAGCGACCAACUGCUUCAGGCUCAGGAUCAUCAUCAUCCAAUGCUUUUCCUCUUGGACCGUAUUUUCCAAGAAGGGGCUCUCGUGGUGGUCUAUUGCAGCAUGCCCAUGGUAAAAACUCUCCGAGGCCACCUAGGCCUGUGCUUCAAAUGUAUGUGCCCCAUACACAGAUACAAAGCCCCAAGGGAGUGGAUGUUGAAUAUGACGCAGCUCUAGCUUCAUUUUAUCGUCCAUAUCACGAAUUUGUAGAUCAGAUGUUGCGUGGAGUACCAGGAAGAAACUUAACAAUAAAUUCACAUGCUGAACAUGUUAUAACAUUAAGUGCUAUGACCGGUUACGAAGCUGCACCAUUGCAUUUUAAUUAUUUUCCAGCUCUCUGGAUAGAUGCUUUGGAGGCACACAAUAAUAACGAAGAAGGUUUGCUGGCAAUGAUAGGUGGCAAUGCAGAAAUGUUAGCUGAUAGUAUUUAUCUAGGAGAAUAUGUAGACUGUAUUUUGUUAGAUGAACGAGUAUCACUAACUGAUCCUAAAAUAUGGGAAUUUAUGCAGACAUUUUUUCCGAAGAUUUCAAUACGCGUUUUGACUCCUCAGACAUGUCGUCUUAUAGAAAAUUUGUGUACAACGUUAUCAGAUAAUGUAUCCCGUGUAGAUCUGCAGACUGGUGCUCGGAGACUUCGCGGUGAUGUUAGGGCUUUACAUUUAGUUUUAAAAUAUAAACCAACUAGUUCUGUUAAUAAUAGGGGUUUGCAAACCCCAUCAAGUUUGCAGAAUGCUCUCGAAAGACUGAAACAAAGAGCUGUGACUGAAUUGGUUCAACAAGAUGAAACUCCCACAAAGAAGCGUAAACUAAAUAAUAAAGAAUCUGAUGAUAAUGAAGAACAAUCUGAAGUAACAUCAAGCAAAGCCAUUUUAGAAGCAGUGAAAUCCAUAACAGAGUUUACAUCAGAAUCACCAUCAGAUGACACUCCGAAUACCUCAACUGAUUUAAAUAUAUCAGAUAUUUCAAAUGAAGAUAAAUCAGAAACUGCUGGUAACAGUACUUUAGCUGAUGACACAAGUGUAUCGGACAUGGCCAAUACUUCACAGUUAAAAUUAUUAGAAAUCGAUAUAGAUGAGGUGUUGCACCUUAUAAUGGUUGAAUAGGUGAUUAUAAAUUAUAUAUAU